AUGGCCGAAGGCGAGCAACAGAAGACACCAGUGGUGGCCGAGGCCCACAAUGUCGACACCUUCCACCCUCCUCAGAAGAUGCUUGACAAUCUCGAGGAGUACCAGAGGCUGUACAAGGAGUCCAUCACGGAUCCCACAAAGUUCUGGGGCGAAAAGGCACGCGAGCUCCUGUCCUGGUACACCGACUUCCAAACCGUCCGCAGCGGCUCCUUCGAGGGCGGCGACACAGCCUGGUUCGUCGAGGGCACCCUCAACGCCUGCUACAACCUCGUCGACCGCCACGCCUACAAGGACCCCAACCGCGUGGCCAUCAUCUACGAGGCCGACGAGCCCGAUGGCGGCCGCAAGGUCACCUACCAGCAGCUUCUGCGCGACGUCUCGCAGGUCGCCUGGGUCCUGCGCGAGAUGGGCGUCCGCAAGGGCGAUACCGUUGCCAUCUACCUGCCCAUGAUUCCCGAGGCCCUCGUCGCCAUCCUCGCCUGCAUCCGUCUCGGCGCCGUCCACUCGGUCGUCUUUGCCGGCUUCUCCGCCGACUCGCUGCGCGAUCGUGUCAUUGACGGCAAGUCGCGCGUCGUCAUCACCUCGGACGAGGGCAAGCGCGGCGGCAAGCUCAUCGGCACCAAGAAGAUUGUCGACGACGCCCUGAAGCAGUGCCCCGACGUCUCCCACGUCCUCGUCUACAAGCGCACCGGCGCCGACGUGCCCUUCACCGAGGGCCGCGACUGGUGGUGGCACGACGAGGUCGAGAAGUGGCCCACCUACUUCCCCCCCGUCCACGUCAACGCCGAGGACCCCCUGUUCCUCCUCUACACCUCGGGCUCCACCGGCAAGCCCAAGGGCGUCAUGCACACGACGGCCGGCUACCUCCUCGGCGCCGCCUGCACCGGCAAGUACGUCUUUGACAUUCACGACGGCGACCGCUACUUCUGCGGCGGCGACGUCGGCUGGAUCACGGGCCACACGUACGUCGUCUACGCGCCGCUGCUGCUCGGCGUGACGACGGUCGUCUUCGAGGGCACGCCCGCCUACCCCAACUUUUCGCGCUACUGGGACAUCAUCGCCAAGCACGAGGUGACGCAGUUCUACGUCGCGCCGACGGCGCUGCGCCUGCUCAAGCGCGCCGGCGACGAGCACGUCAAGGCCGACAUGAAGCACCUGCGCGUGCUCGGCUCCGUCGGCGAGCCCAUCGCCGCCGAGAUCUGGAAGUGGUACUUUGAGACGGUCGGCAAGGAGGAGGCCCACGUCGUCGACACGUACUGGCAGACCGAGACGGGCUCCAACGUCAUCACGCCGCUCGCCGGCGUCACGCCGACCAAGCCCGGCAGCGCCUCGCUGCCCUUCUUCGGCAUCGAGCCCGCCAUCAUCGACCCCGUGUCCGGCGACGAGAUCCACGGCAACGACGUCGAGGGCGUCCUCGCCUUCAAGCAGCCCUGGCCCAGCAUGGCCCGCACCGUCUACGGCGCCCACAAGCGCUACAUGGACACGUACCUCAACGUCUACAAGGGCUACUACUUCACCGGCGACGGCGCCGGCCGCGACCACGAGGGCUUCUACUGGAUCCGCGGCCGCGUCGACGACGUCGUCAACGUCUCGGGCCACCGCCUCUCCACCGCCGAGAUCGAGGCCGCCCUGCUCGAGCACCACUCCAUCGCCGAGGCCGCCGUCGUCGGCGUCGCCGACGAGCUCACCGGCCAGGCCGUCAACGCCUUUGUCGCCCUCAAGGACGCCACCGCCGCCGGCGACGCCCUGCGCAAGGAGUUCAUCAUGCAGGUCCGCAAGAGCAUCGGCCCCUUUGCCGCCCCCAAGGCCGUCUUCAUCGUCCCCGACCUGCCCAAGACGCGCUCCGGCAAGAUCAUGCGCCGCAUUCUGAGGAAGAUCCUCGCCGGCGAGGAGGACCAGCUCGGCGAUAUCACAACAUUGUCAGACCCGUCCAUCGUCGAAAAGAUUAUCAACCUCGUGCACGAGGCCAAGGGAAAGAAAUGA